GAUAGAUUUGUCCCUUGUGCUAAGCACCGAUAUCCGUGCUGGUAUACCUAGGCAGCACGUUUCCAAUGAGAAAAUCCAAAGGUAAAUCAAUAACGUGGUCGAGUCGUGGUGGAUAUGGCUUUUUAAGUCAAGGAAGCUCGUAAUGAAUAGCUGUCAGUUUAGCAGCCCGUCCAGGUAUAGCCGCACGUACCAGCGCCUCUUCCUCGAUCCCCAACUUCCCAAAACCCACCAUCAUGAUGUUCGGGCAGCGAUCCACGGCCCUCGACGCGCUUCUACACAGGCCACGCCCAAGCGCCUUGCAACAGUUCCUGCGCGCGCCGUGCAGCUUCCUCGCGCGCAAGAUCUACACGCACCGGCGCCCCAUCCCAGCAGCGCCACCCGCCAACGCCAUCUCCGUCGUCUGCAUCUCGGACACGCACAACAGCCAACCCCACCUCCCCGACGGCGACGUCCUGAUCCACGCCGGCGACCUGACGCAAUCGGGCUCGCCGGAAGAACUGCACGCCGCGCUGGCCUGGCUCGCCGCCCAGCCGCACCCGCACAAGAUCGUCGUCGCGGGCAACCACGACCUGCUGCUCGACCCGCAGCGCGACUUCGACGGCGGCCAGGCGGCGGCCCGCGCGCUGCUUGACUGGGGCGACGUCGUCUACCUGCGCGACUCGGCGGCCACCGUGGUGUGCGCCAACGGGCGGCGGCUGCGCGUCUACGGCAGCCCCAGGUCGGCGCGGCACGGCAACUGGGCGUUCCAGUAUCCGCGGGAGGAGGAUGUCUGGGCCGGCGUGGUGCCGGGGGGCGUCGAUGUGCUUGUUACGCAUGGCCCGCCGCGCGCCCACCUCGAUUCGCUGGGCCUUGGGUGCCGCCACCUCCUGCGCGAGCUGUGGAGGGUUCAGCCCGCGUUGCACGUGUUUGGGCAUGUUCAUGAGGGAUAUGGCCGGGAGUGGCUGCUCUUUGACGGGUUGCAGGAUGCGUAUGAGCGGACUAUCAUCGCCGGCGGUGGCGUGUGGAAUCUCGCGCGGGUUUUGCACGAGUUUGUUCGCGGGCUGUUCUGGCCUGCUACGGAGGCGAGGUGUCUGCUGGUGAAUCCUUCAAUGGUCGGCGGGCUGCGCGACGACGAACGGAGAAGGCCGAUCAAGGUCGACAUUUGAAUGGAGUCACUUGAUUACGCGAUUCUGAAAUGACGAGAACUAGGAGAGCGCCAUUUUCUGGCCGGGGUCCCGCAGAGAGUGCGUUCCGAGCGUGGCCCCUGACCAGCCCAGCUAGGUUCAUUCUCCAGAACAACAUCUCGGCUCUGCAACUUAUCCUCCCCAUCCAGGCCUGUGAGGAUUACAAGGCUACCACGGGGCAAGCCGCGCUUAAUGAGCCACGGCACUCGGGAAAUACAACGCAGUGGGGGCUGGGGCGGGAUAUUCGCAAAGCCUUGUGAUGAGUUGGAUGGAUCUGUCUCUCUAAAGCGGGAGUUUGACAAGAUGUAAAUGAUUAGUGUACCGAGUAUUGAACCCCUUAACUAUGCCAGAUAGCCUUGCCCUUUGCAGGCCUUUGCGAACAAUCCCUUUAUGCUUUGUUAGUAAAGAGCAACAAUUACU